UAUAAAUUGUACACAAGGCUUUCUUCUACGAUGGUAUAAGAAGAUAGAAAAUUAAAGUUUUAUCUCCAAAGUCCCCUACAAACCUGAGCGAUGGGAAAACCUUCGAGCCCAAAAGGUGGCAAGGCAGCCGAUGCUGUUUCGUUGCACACCAAUCCCGGCGAGAGUUCUAGAGACAAUCAUGGAAACGAUGACCUUGAUGUGCCCGAGACCGCGAUUGACGACUUGCCACCUACCUACCACGACGCCCUAGAGUCAUCCGAAGACGCAUCCCUCCUCCCAUCGACCAUGGCUCCAUCAAAUAGCGCCCCAGUCUAUGCCACACGGCCUUGGGUCGAAGAUGCCACGUUCUCCGAGGAUGUGAAUACAGGCGCACAAUACUGGAUGGCAAGAAGUUUAGAGAACCCGAAGAAUCUCAAAUCGCAUAUCGAGCAUCUCGCCGCUAUCCCCCCUCGACCGUAUAUUAAGCUUGUCGGAACCCAUACCGAAACGACGAGGGAUAGCAAGGGCAAAACGGAGAAAAAUACAAUUACCGAUUUCGACGUCUCGGUCGAAUUGACACCGUACCUGUACUCCGACGCCCAAUACCGCCGAUCGUGGUCUCACUUACGAACCGUGGAGAAUGGGGAGAAGACAAAGCGAGGUACAAUACUUAAGAAACGCGCUCCGGGAUCAAACCAGAGUAUCGAGGUUGGCGGUGAUCCAAAGCCGACGUUGGAAGAAUGGUGUCAUCGGUAUGCUGCUAGCCAUGCUGGGUUGAAGGUCUUUGCGCUUUCUCGGAGGAUGGUUGGGUUUGAUGAGGAAGGCAUCAAAUAUCGAUUGCGCACUAUGGUUAACGAUACGAACUACCGCGGGCAUCUAAAGGUAGAGAUCAUAACUAAAGAUAGUUUGGUUGAGUGCUACAACGAGGCUAAGACAAAUAAGUGGCGUUUGACAUCGUGGAUACAGAUGUUAUUCACAUUCACCCUCCUAUUCAUCUUUAGCUGGCCGUAUCUGUGGCUGCGGACGAAGCGUUGGGAAGUCGCUGUUGCGGAGUGGCCGUUCUCCAGAAUGGCUGAAGGUGGUACCAAGGAAUACGUCAGCAUUAGUGAGGAUCAAUGGUACAACUUAUGGGGGCGAGCUAUUUGCAAGGCUGUGCUGGAGAAGCGACAAGGAGUGUUGGAUCAGAACGACCUCAGACGAGCGCAAGAGGCUGAACCGGCUUUUGAGACUGGUCACGCCGUCGUUGAUGGCGCGCUUGGCUUGUUCAGGGCUUCUGUGGGUGCUAUGAACGAAGUAAAUCGCCAGUUAGGCUGGGGCAGAGAUUGCUAGAAGUAUUCUCCAGGAGGACUUCGUCGCUGGAGGUAUUUGCGCGUGAGCUUUAUUUAUGGCCUUGCUUUGUUGAUUUUUGGUUGGUUAUUAAUUCGCGCUCCCUUAUGGAUGAAGGUUUCUAUCAUUAUUUUAAUGCCUGGAGUUGGGUGCGCGAUGAUGCUAUUCAGAGGUUAGGUAAUGAAUUUGAGGACCAUUUGCCUAAAACGGAAUAGAGGAAAUGGCGUAUAG